CGACGCUAGUGGUGAGUUGUGUCCAAAUUGGCGUCGCGCUGUGUCGUUUUCUAACAAAAACGAAUGGUUUGUUUUUGUAAUUCUCGCCGUAUAUUAUUAAAUUUUUAUGUACCCUUAAGAUAUAAGCUGUUUUUGUGUUAUUUAACCGCUAUUCUGAGCGCUGCAAGCGUUUUGUUUGAGCGACGGUGUUGGCGCGAUUUGUUUGAAGCGGUCCUCUUUCAUGUCACGUGACAUGACACAUCACGUCACGUGACCGCGAAGUGGUGUUUCUACGUGUAGGAAGCAGAGCGUUACAAGGAGUCACAGAGGAGGACCUUAUGUGGUUUUUACGUCAUUUUCAGAAGGAAAGGUUGUGUUUUUGCUUCGUUCCUGUGAGAAUCCUGCGCGUGACUAAAGCAUUAAGGAGUGGGACUAUCCAGGACGAGCUGUGGUGUGCUGAAACAACCACCAGUAGGAAAUGUUGUGUUUUUGCUUCGUUCCUGUGAGAAUCCUGCGCCUGACUAAAGCAUUAAGGAGUGGCAUUAUCCAGGAUGAGCUGAAACAACCACCAGGUAUGACACCUCUCUUGAACCACACACCCAUAAAUAAAAUGAGGGGGAAGUUGUUGACGACAACAGUUGGGACGAGGACAACGCGGUUUAGUGACAUUCUAAACACAGUUGCUAAAACAAAGAGCAAGAUUAUGUUCCCACUGGAGAUUAUGGCUCAUGGUGCAAAGACCCAGAGACUAGAAGGAUCCAACAUGGAGCAGCUGCAAGGCCUCACAGGAACACCUGCAUGGGCGUCCUCCUCCUGGCAUUUACAAGGCAUCAAUUAUUUGGAAGGGCUCAGCGCAGCGUGGGUGCCCAGGGAUCCACUGCCUGAGUGUGGGGAGAGCAGAGGCCAAGACCCCAGCGACAUGGACCACACCAAGGGCGGCCUGGUUAUCUUCACCGCCAACUCGCACCCCGCGAGUCGCGAACUGGGCAAGAGGAUUGCAGAGCGAUUAGGGGUGGAGCUUGGCAAAGUGCAGGUUUACCAAGAACCCAACAGAGAAACGCGGGUACAGAUUCAAGAGUCCGUGCGAGGGAAGGAUGUCUUUGUGAUUCAGACGGUGUCCAAAGAUGUGAACACGACCAUCAUGGAAAUGCUGAUCAUGGUGUACGCAUGCAGGACGUCUUGUGCGAAAAGCAUCACCGGCGUCCUCCCGUACUUCCCUUACAGCAAGCAGUGCAAGAUGAGGAAGAGGGGCUCCAUCGUCUCCAAGCUUAUCGCUUCCAUGAUGUGUAAAGCAGGGCUCACACACCUCAUCACUAUGGACCUCCAUCAGAAGGAGAUUCAAGGCUUUUUCAACAUCCCAGUGGACAACCUCAGAGCGUCGCCCUUCUUGCUACAGUAUAUCCAAGAAGAGAUCCCUGACUAUAGGAAUGCCGUGAUUGUGGCCAAAUCCCCUUCAUCUGCCAAAAGGGCUCAGUCGUUUGCCGAACGCCUGCGUCUCGGUAUCGCAGUGAUCCACGGCGAAGCUCAGGAUGCUGAGUCCGACCAGGUCGACGGGCGACACUCCCCGCCCGCUGUCAAGAGCACUGGAGCCAUCCAUCCCAGCAUGGACAUACCAUUGUUGAUUCCUAAGGAGAAACCUCCCAUCACGGUGGUAGGAGACGUAGGAGGACGCAUCGCCAUCAUCGUGGACGACAUCAUCGACGACGUCGACAGUUUUGUGGCAGCUGCAGAGACGCUGAAGGAACGAGGCGCCUACAAGAUCUUCGUCAUGGCGACGCACGGCAUCCUCUCUUGCGACGCCCCCAAAUUCAUCGAGGAGUCCGCCAUCGACGAGGUGGUGGUGACCAACACCAUCCCCCACGAGCUGCAGAAGCUGCAGUGUCCCAAGAUCAAAACGGUGGACAUCAGCAUGAUCCUGUCGGAGGCCAUCCGCCGCAUCCACAACGGCGAGUCCAUGUCUUAUCUUUUCCGCAACAUCGGAGUGGAUGAUUGAACAAUGUGCGACACACACACACGCACUGUUACAUUUGCCUUGUCAGACCUCAAAGCGUGCACUGAAUACACACGCGCGCACACACACACACACACACUGAUGUUAAAAUGUUGUUACCUACCGAGUAGAUCCACACUGAUUUAUGUGCUUAAUUCUGUCUGUCCUCUUGUUUCCUACUGUUUCUUUACUUCCUCUCCACGUGUUAGUACUUUUCUCAACAAAGUUUUAUGUCAGAGGCACAUUUUAAUCUUUAAUAGCCCAAUUUCCAACAAACGUCGGAUGGGAUCGUCGCUCUGACAGUUUUUUUAUUUUUAACGAGAGCCGCUCCCAAGUGCUUGAGGAAGUUGGGUUAAAAAGGCAAACGUUUUGUCCGUUCUUAUCCAUGCCGUCGGCGACACACUCGUACAUCUUUGCAAAUUUGUGAGUUUCAUUCCAAACUAAUUGCUCGCAAUGGAUGUCCUCAAGGGAAGAUUGUACCACAAGCGUGCCAGCGCCUUUCCCAGGACGCAACUUUUACACGCCUUCCCCAGCUGAUAAUAAAUCAGGUUUCAUUUUGAUUCUGA